AUGGGUUUACAGCGCGAAUGCCAGCAGCCCGAAAGCCGCGCACAGAUCCUGAAAGAUGUGUAUGCCGAGCAGUUCGUCGGUAUCCAGGAGGCCGGUGAGCUGAUUUUCAUCCCCGCUGGCAAUCCCCAUGGGGUUCGGAACUUAGACCACAUCCAUGGCGUCAGCAUGAACUACGUGGAUCUCAGCAACGUGGAGCUCAGCAUUCUCGAGAGUGUUUGGGACAACGAGGGCGACAAAGUGGAGCUCUACACAGACGGGAAGAGCAUCCCGCACGGCAUCCUCUCCAGUCAGAGUGGCAUGCGCUUUGGAGAGUGGAAGGCCAAGGACUGGAAGAAGGAGAGCUUCGACCUCUUCUGA